UUACGUGGUGUAGACGUGUUCGCUCGCUCGCUCCGGUCCAUUUUCGGUCGGGGGUAUCUCAUCCUGACGAGGUUUUAGAGCAUUGAUUCCCCCCAAACCCCAACGCCCCCUUUUCGAGAUUUCGUGCCGUGGUGUGCUGCUUCGCUGGCUUUCUCUUUAUCGCAGCGAUUCCGUGAGACACACACACGAGAUCGCUCUGUGCAAAUGUUAGUGUGAAUUUUGUGUGCUAUUUGAUUUCGAAGAAAAAGUUUACAAACCAGUGGACACUAUAUCGUUUCUGAUACGAUUCGAGGAUUUUUUUUUUUUUAAGUGCGAGGAAAUCUGUGAAGUUUAAGGCUGUACAGAAAAUCCAUGAGAGAGAGAGAGAGAGGGGGGGAGAACGAGAAAGAGAGAGCCGAGAAAUGCCCACGGCCUUGACUCUUCCGAGAAUAACAUGUAUGUGCAAAGCAAACAACGCGAGGAACUGAGAACUCUGUAAAUACCUGGGAAUUAAAAAAAAAAUAAACUGACCUAAUGGGAGACCGUACACGUUUAUUAAACCUCUCUUGAUCGCCGCAGCGACGAAUAGCAUGGGGCAGCGUCCUUCCGCAACAGAUUGCACCAGGAGGCAAAUAGGGCCAAUUAGAAAUUAAAAAAAAAAAAGAAAUUAAAAAAAAAAAAAAAAAAAAAAAAAAAAAAACUAAAUGGGUGGAAUUCGAGACAGCUCGUUUGUGUCGGGCGAGCUAAUGUGGACAGUCUUGCUCCUCUGCGUCGUCUUCGCUGCCUCCGCAAAGGUCAUCCAGCCGAAGACGGGGCUGGAAUCCAGUCCUCUGACCGUGGUCUAUGGGCUGGAAAGUGGAGAAGUCUUACUACCCUGUGACGUAUCGCCCCCCGUGACCAGCGAUGACACCAUUUUGGUCUUGUUCUACAGGGGGUCAAUUGGAACUCCUAUAUACAGCAUCGAUGGUCGAAGCGAAAACUUCCGACAAGCCGAGCACUGGUCCUACGAAGAGGCCCUCGGGAACAGGGCCUUCCUAAACAUGAGUCUCCGCCCACCUGGCCUAGUCAUCAAGCCCUUGUACGAAUCUGAUAAGGACGAGUACAGGUGUCGAGUCGACUACAGGUCGUCACCGACCAGGAACGUCAGGAUCGACCUCAAAGUCAUUGUUCCGCCCAAAAGGAUGCGAAUCGUAACUGAGGUUGAUGUCGACGUCAGCGGAGUUAUAGGACCCUAUCCUGAAGGAUCUUCUCUCACUCUGCAGUGCCGGGUGGAUGGAGGUAACCCAUCCCCGAAAGUGACAUGGUGGAAUGAGGUCAAGAUGCUGGAUGACAUCCCUGAUGCCCACAGAGGAGAGACCAUUAUCAACACCUUGUCCUUCGGACCGCUGACCCGAGAUGACCUGCACCGGGUGCUAACCUGUCAGGCCUCGAACUCCAACCUGUCGGCGCCCCUGGUGGCGUCGGUCACCCUCGAUAUGAGCUUCCCGCCCCUGAGCGCGAGGAUCCUCCGCACUUCGGAUGAGCCCUUCGUGGAGGGGGAGCAGAGCAAGCUUGAGUGCGAGUCCUCCGGGUCGCGUCCAGCGGCCACCAUCAAGUGGUACAGGAACGAAUACGAGAUGAAGGAUGCCAAUGCUCAGGAACACCAAGAAGGCAACCGGAGUAAAUCCACGAUAUUCAUCACCCCUUCUUUGGAAGACAACGACUCCCUAAUUCUGUGCCGGGCCAGUAAUCCUCUCGCUACCGGAGCAUCCAUGGAAGACUCUCUCAAAUUAAAUGUCUAUUACAGUCCGAGACUUUCGCUGGCGCCAGGCCAAAACCUGGUCAUGGCAGACAUCAAGGAAGGGGACGACGUCUACUUCGAGUGUGGCAUCAAGGCCAACCCGAAAGUAUACAAGGUCCAGUGGUUUCAUAACGGAGACGAAUUGACCCACAACGUCUCCAUCGGGGUCAUCCAGAGCAACCAAAGCCUCGUCCUGCAACAUGUGGAUCGAUUCUCCUCGGGGCAUUACACCUGCUCAGCCUCGAACCUCCAGGGGACAGGGGACUCGAACUCAGUACGAUUGCGGGUCAAAUACGCUCCAUUGUGCCGGGAAGGUCAGAAGGUCCUGUAUGAUGGGGCCGGAAAACACGAAGAGAUUAACGUAACUUGCAGCGUAGAGGCGCAUCCACCGACAUCAUUUCGGUGGGCCUUCAACAGUUCGUCCGAAAUUACCGACCUCCCCCCGGAGAGGUCAUGGGUCGUCGGAGAAGGGGUCAGCCAGGUCUCCUACAAGCCCCUGACCCACCUGGAUUACGGGUCUCUCCUGUGCUGGGCCACGAAUGACGUGGGUACACAGAAGUCUCCCUGCAUCUACCAUAUCAUUCACGCAUCCGUGCCAGACCCCGUGAACAAUUGCACAGUCGAGAACAUCAGCUCGACGGGCGUGGGCGUGAAGUGCCAAGCUGGUUGGGACGGAGGCCUCUCUCAGACGUUCACCCUCUCCGUCAGCCACGCCCGCGCCCACACCCGGGGGCACGACAAGAAGGAGGAGGCCCCGAGGGUGCUGGCGAACACCUCCACUUCUCCAAAACCCCAGUUUUACCUGACGGGGCUCCGGCCGGGGACGGAGUACGUCCUGACGAUUUUGGGCGUGAACAAAAAGGGACAGAGCGAGGCUGUGCGCUUGGCGAUCGUCACUCUGAAGGAUGUUCCAGCGAGGAGAACGAGUCCAGGUGUCGGGGCCUUAGGUCUGACAAACAUCAUGGCCAUCGUCAUGAGCGUUGUCGUCUCUCUCGCCCUGAUCAUUGUGGUCGUCGCCGUGGUCGUGAGGACGCGUCGACGCCGAAUCCAGAGGUCAGAGGUCAAGAUGGUCUACGAGAAGGGGUCAGGGAGCCAGAGCCCUCUCAGAGGUACUGAGGAGACGACUGAGAGCGAGGAGGCCAACCCAGACAUCAUCCCUAUAAACGAUGACCACCAAGUGAAGGAAGUGUCCCAGGAAUACAAAACUGGCCUCGUCCAGGAAGUAGACUUCAAAGGGCACCCCUCGGCUUCUCAACCCCAGCAGGUGCAGCAGGACAAGCAACUGGUCUCAAACGACCCCCUCAUCCUGGAGGCGCACCAUGACUUGCAUCACGACCACCAGCAGAAGCUGCCCCCCCAGGACUACAUCCAGGAACACGACCCCAACUACUACAUGAAUCCUCAGUCCUUCCUACGUCAGAAAAGUCCUAUGGGUCCUAUGGACGCCGAGGGCAUGAGGAUGACCAACCACCCCCUCCAAGGAAGCCCCACCCUUCGGUCGGCGCGCCCUUCGACAUACCCUCACGACUUCUCCUCCAACCACGCCCUCUCCUCCUACUUCCAGGGGAUGUCUUCCACGCCCACCUCCCCCUCCUUCCCCGUCGGCGCCAACAGGAACUCGAUGCACAACCCUUACCCUUACGACAUGUCCUCGAUCCACGCCACCCUAUCCUACCAGCGGCGCCUAUCCAUGCUCCUGCCUUCAUACUCGCAAGACCCUUGUGCCACCGCCACCCUGCCCAGGUCAUACCCUAGGGAGCUGCCUUCCUCGUCCUCCUACGGCCAAGGAUUCCCCGCACCAUCGUACGCCCAGCAUCGCCUGAGCCUGAACCGGAAUGACCCUCUCCUCAUGGAGCGAGUUCCGUCGGCCUCGUCACUGGUGCUCCGGGGGUCUUCGUCGGCGGUAGCCGUCGAUCCUGAAGGCGGGGACAGUCCCAGGACUUCAGUGGUGGUGAACCCUCCUCCUCCUCCUCCUCCUCGUCCGUUGACGGAGCAGGACUUGUCAGCGUCCUCCCCUAGCCAGAGGGAGAGCUCCGUCUAGCUAGCAGGAGAGUUGCUCUCUUCAUCCAGUGGGGCAGCUUCCAUUCAGUGGUGCUCUGAGGUUAGGAACUUUCGGAAGAAGGUUGGAUAAACCUCAUUUCCUUUGAUGUCCAAAGAGGUGCUGGGGGAAUACUCACACAAUUGGUCACAAAACCUUAUCUAGGUAAACGAAAUUAGCGCAAAAAACCACGAAGAAAAACAUACACACGCGCACACACACACAAAAUUCGGCUGAAAAUUACCAGCUUGCUAAAAGGCCUAACGUAUGAUAAUUUUUUGGUUUUUGUUUUUGGACAAAACGAAAUAUUCUGAACUUUUCAGCAAUAUUGCUAUUUCCCAUCCUUGACCUUUAAAAUAAACCUUUUUCAAUACAGUUACUUGAUGGAUUUAAUUACAAUUGGACAUUGUUUUCUUCAUACAUGGUUUCUCAGUUGCAAAAGUCAAGUGUUUUUCUUUAUACAUGGAAUGUUAAUUGAAAAAGUUAAGUGUUUUUCUUUAUACAUGGUUUCUUAAUUGCAAAAGUUGUGUUUUUUUCAUCUCUAAUUAUCAUAUUUCGACAAAGGCCACUCUGCUCGUGAUAUGUGUGUAGAAAAUCGUAUCAAAAUUAACGAAAUUAAUAUCCAUUUGCAGUAACUACUUCUUGUCUAUUGCAACCGAAUUCAGGUGGUCUCAUUCACUCUGAAGUCAUACAGGUUAUAAUGAAAACAUGUCAUGCACAAUCACUUACAACACCUGAGCAUACGCACAAUAAUUCCCAAAGCAUCCUAAAGCAGGACAUCAACCAGUAAGGAUUCCUUCCUGAAAGGGCUUCCCCCGCUCCUCUUUCGGGUGUCUUUAUAUCAAAACAAAAAGAAGAUAAAAAAGGGGAAUCUCGCGAUUUGGAAGGAGGUUUCCCUGGAACGUGGAAACUUGCGAGUGAGUGAGCUUGCGUUAUGCCUGACCCAUUCGUGACUUCGUGCGUUCGUUUCUCAAGACAAUCUGUGUUUCUGUCGUGAGUGGUGGCUGUUUACGAUAAAAAUAAAACUAAAAAAAACUCCAUACAAAAAUGGACCAUAACAUUUCCGUGAAAAAGAGACUUUAUUUAACUUAUCAUUCCUUUUCAUCAUGGGAGAGGGAGUAAGGAUAUCCUUCGCCGGAAGGAAUGACAAGAUACAUGUGAAGCAAAGGACGUAUUGCGCAAAGUUUCUCCUACUUCAGCAAAAGGGUGCUAUCAGUCAAUAGACCUCUGGAAAACACUGAGGUCUUUGACUUCAGUUUACAAAUCUCGUUUUGUUACAGACAAGGGUCUCUCUCUCACUGUCAGAGACAAAACAGUGACGUAUUCCUAAUUUCACGCUGAAUAUACCUCAAGAGAAAGAAGAAGAAGAAGAUGAAGAAGAAGAAGAAGAAGGGGGUAUAAGAAAAUAAUAUUUUUUAUUUUGCUUGUGUGUAUAAUAGUGUCAUUAAGUGGCCUUGAGUUGGGGUAACUAAGCAUUUAUCUCUCUUAUACGGCACAAAAGAACUUUUCUCUAUGUAACUACAGUGAAAAAAUAUAUAUAAAAAAAGAGUGAUUCAGUUGUUACUGGUGCUGUUAUUUUGAAGGUGUGGGCUGUGGGCGUUCUGGAGUGUGGGUUGUCAUUGCAACUGGCAAGCUAAAGACAGGUUACCCGAGAGAAAAAUGAAUUCCUGAGGUUUUGUUCCAAACUGAAAAUAUGUCCUUUUGGAAUCAGUAUCUUUGUUAUUUUUAUAACGUUCGACGAAGAGAUGUACAAUUUCCUUCUUCAUCAAGUGGAUUGCGUUAUAUAAUUCUGCAUGUGGUAAAAUAAAAUCUAUUCAAAAAGAGAAAACAUUAAUGUCAUAAUCUGGUUUCAGGACAUAAUCAGAAAACGGAAAUAAUUUGUUCGUCGAAUUUUGGCAAAUAGCAAACCAUAUUUUAUAAACUGUGAGAAGAAUCAGGUUAGUUGUUGUUUUAGGUUCAAGAAGAUUGGAUUUUUAAAAAUGGGAAAAACACAAAAAGAAAGAAAAGAGUUAAAUAUAAAUCCAGUUACUGUAAGAUAAAAAUAUAACAAUCACGUUAGUUUGAACUUAAACCCUUGAAAAGAUAUAUUUUCUUUUGCUUAUUUUUUAAAUAAUUUUUUCUGCUAAUUUGAGCCUUCUGCUUUAUCUAUUCUCUCUCUCUUUUAUUAUUAUCAAGAUCCUAAUUAUUUUACUUCUCGAAGCUUCCACGACAUCUCAGUAAAAGGACUUGUAAUACUAAGAAUUAAAUUAUUUAUUAAAGCACAAAUAUGUUCAGUAAAUACAUCUAUGGAUAUACGUACAUCACUUAUGCACAUUUACGUAUCAUGUACACAGACAAGCACAAACACACACACACACACACACA